AUGGGUCACGCGGCGGACGAGCUGGGCGGGGCCGAGGAGCUGGAGUGCGGCAUCUGCUGCAUGCCUUACGACUGCUGCGGGCGGGCGCCGCGCAGGCUCGGGGGCGCGCGCGGUUCCUGGAAGCCCUCGCGCUGCCGUCACGUGCUCUGCAGCGCCUGCGUCUGCCAGCUGGCGCGCGAGGGCGGCUGGGAGGAGGUCACGUGCCCCUACUGCCGCGCCGUCACGCCCCUCCGCGAGCGCGGCAACUUCCUGGUGGCCGGCGUGAGGCGCAGCAGCGGCUACGGCCGGCGCCGCCUCGUCUUGCCCCCCAUCGACCCCGAGCUCUGGCAGCGCGUCGUCCUCGCCGAGAGGAAGCGCCAGGAGGCCAGCCGCCCGGACGACGACGCUGCCGGCGAGGAGCGGGACGGCGAGGCGCAGGACGAGGCCGGCCAGUGGCGGCUCUGGAGGGCCCUGAGGAGGCUCCUCAAGGGGGGCGCCGGGCACAGCGCGCAUGCGCCCAGGAGGAGCCGCAGCGCACCUCCCCGGCGUAGGCAGCCAAUGAACCCCUAUGCACCUGAAAUAAAGGACUUGUCACUCAUGACCAGCUGUGUCAUCUGAGGGCUGUAGUGAUCCCAGUGUACUUCCUGACCUGCUGCAGCUGAAGAACAAAACUGGCUGAUACAUGUGAGCUCUGCUACAGCCAGCCUUUUGUGGUCUUUCCAGCACUCUGGUCAGCACUCGGCUGAGGUUUUGCCAUUAGCCAGUGGACUCAUGUGAUCCAAGAAGAAAGAAGACCCCUCUUUCACGCUGUGGACUGCUUCUUGUGCUCCGUGGAAUGCCCCAGGAGAAAAAGGUGGUGGAAAGAUGGCAGGAGGCAGACUUGAUAGUACAUGUUGGAGACGAGAAGCAAGGUGGCAUCCCUUCUGGACUACACUGGAAGAAUCGCAGUUGUUCUCACAGCCCAAUUUCUGUCACAUGUGCUGCUUGACACAGUUCUGAACCAGCAAAUCCCCUCCCCAAUGUACUCAGCAUCUCCAAAGAGCCCUGCCAUGCAGGCUGAGGCCAUUGAGGCCAUAUGGUUUAAAAAGUGUUGUUUGGAGCAGCAAUUCAGAGGGCAUCUUUCUACCUGUGAACUCACCAUUUUAUGAAACACGAGUGUUUGGAGAAGCUGGAAACGAGUCUUCUUAACUGCAGUGUCCAGUAUUUGGUUUCUGCCUUUCAAGUGCAGAAUGUGUUUUAUGUUUUGCAUUCGUUUUGCAUCUGUGGGUGAAGGCUUUAAAAAAAAGUCUUCAUUAAAGUCUUCAUUAUUGUAUCACCAGCAAGGACAUUUUACACAGCACAAGAAGACAGGCCUCUGCUCCAGCGAGCUCAUGAAUUAAAAUUUGCCCACAGGGAGAUGAAAAAAAGUGGGAAGGAGAAGAGCAUACAUGCAUGUAUUUACCAGCUAGGAUUCCUGGGAAGACAGGCAAGACAAAAAUAUGACAUGAUCUCAGAGGGAAGAGGGGCUAGUAGUUGUGCCAAAUGGAAAAUGGGUGUGUAGAGAGGCUGGGAAGCAGCAAGGCAUGAUUGGGUAGUUCUAGGCAUGAGAGAGCGGCGCACCAUCUCAUGGCUGAAGGUUACCCCUGUCAGACAUGUAUUUAAAGAAGAGUACACAAGUAGGGAGGGGUCAGAGCCCUGAAGGGUUUGGGUGAGGAGUUUGUGUUGGAUCUGGGCAUGUGAGGGUUUAAGGAGAGCAGUGAGGGUGUGAAUGAAUGUGAUGACUCUGCUGGGAAGAAGCAAGGGGAGAGGAAGGGCAGCCAGAGACCAGUCAAGGCCAGAGUUUUUGUGGAGGGGGUGAAGAGGAAGGGCUGGGGGAUUUUUGCAUUGCUGUAAGGAAAGCAGCAUGACUUGGCAGGAGACUGGAAAUGGAGGAGGCAAAGCAGUGAGAAUAAUUGGAGAGAAGACCUGGUGGAAGGGGAGGUUGGUGGGCAGGGAAAAGAUACGGAGGGGAAGAAUGGUGAGAAGUUCAGGCUUGGACAUCCUUCAUUCAAGACACUCCACAGAAAACCCCCAACAAAGCAACUGGAAAUGUGGAGGAGGAGGCAAUUUAGGGGCAGAAAGGUUCAGCUCGUCAGUGGCCUUGAAAAACCUUUUUCAGCUAAACACUUUUGUUCCCAGUGAAUCAGGCCAUUUUGGUCAGGGCACCCUUAUGGGGUGGGAUGGAAGGUUAAGCCAGCUACAGGGCAGAUUCUGUAACUCAUCUGACAUAUAUGUAGCAAGAUGCCGUUUCCUAGACGCAGUUUCCUUGCAGGGAAAGUUACGUUAUAAAUGUCGUAUUUUUUAAAAGCAUUUCUGUGAAAUGUGUUCUUAAUUUCGUAUUUAUUGUUUCAAGUUUUUCCAUUUAAUAUUUUGGCAGUUGUAAUUUA